AUGGCGCAGUCUGCGCGGGCGGCCAGCGCCGCGCGCGCCUCGCUGCCGUGGCGGAGCUUGGAGCGGGUGUACUGCGUGAACUUGGACAGGCGCCCCGAGCGCUGGAGCUUCAUGCAGGAUCAGUUCGAGAAGCUCCAGCUGCCUGUGCAGCGCUUCAGCGCGGUUGACGGGCGGACUCUGGACGUGCCUCACCUGGCGGAGAUUGGCAUCAUCGCGAAGGAGGCGAUGCCAAGAUAUUACCUGCCGACCGAGAUGAAGCUCUUCGGCACGGACCUCACCGACGGUGGCAUCGGCUGCGCCCUGUCCCACAUGAUGAUAUGGAAGGACAUCCUCCAGCAGUGUGCAGCGGGGACGGCCAGCUCCGACUCCAAAUUUCUCGUCAUCGAGGACGACUGCGAGUUCGCAGAGGGCUUCAGCGAGGAGGUCCUGCUCGAGCGCCUGUCUCACGUACCGUCGGACUGGGAGCUCGUCUACCUGGGCGGACAGGACCUGAUGCACAAGCAGCACCUGUACCCAGUCGGGCGCGGCGUCAGGAGGCUCUACAAGGGCUUCCGGGAGACCACCGCGUACGUCGUGAACGAGGCAGGGGCGAAGGCGUGCCUGGAGGUGUGCGUGCCCAUGUAUUGGCAGGUCGACACCCACCUCAACGACGAGUCCCUCCGCGAGGGCCUCCGGCCGCCGAGAGAGGGCGAGCAGGAGUUCACCAUGCGGCCCCGGGGCUACUGCCUGCACCCGCCCAUCUCGGCGGCUCGCAGGGGCGGCCCUUCGCCGGAGUGGCCCGGAUCUCCGCAUACGUGUGCGUGUCUGGUCCGUACUGGCGCUUCGCCAGUCGAGGGUCUCAAAGUGCGUAGCGUAGCUCUUGCGUGUGGCCGGGUCCAUCGUGGCGCAGAUGAGGGAGGGGUUCCCCACGGACGUUCAGAAGGUUGA